ACUGGCUCCAAAUGGCCGGGGAUGCUAGAUUGGAAGUGAAGGGCGUGCUCCUGGGCGAGAGCUAGACGGAGAGAGUGGGUGCGAAAGAGAGAAAAAGCGGCCCUAAUGCGGCAUCUCAUUACAACCUCUGUCAGGAUCCCUGUAUUCCACCAUCAGCUCCCCUUUAACUUGGUCCUGCUCUGGUGUCGGUCGACAGGUCGUCCUGGCAGGUUCGGUGGCCUUCUGCUUCCUUCUCCCAGGUAAGAGAGAGAGAGCGAGAGACACACACACACACACAUAGGGAGGAACAGAAGGAGCAGAGCUUUGCUGAUUGGAGGAACGACACAGCACUGUCUACCAGCACAGCCAUUCAAGGCAACAUGAUGGCGUACCGGAAGGUGGACGACGGGCAGGGCCGCCCGCUUGGGGGGGAGGUCCUGCAGUGCUCCGAGGGCCUGGGGGGUCUGGAUUGGAGCCUGGAUAAAGAGGGGGACCUCCAGGAACCUGAACCAGGCCUGGUCCGCAUGCAGUUGCAGCACGCUGAACACCAGAGGACAGGUUGCACUAACGCCAGCCCGGACCCUGACCUCAUGGAGCCCAUCCAGCCCUCCGUGUCCGUCUCCCCUCACGGACGUUUCGAGCGGCUCCAAGAGGACCCCGAUUACAUCUCCCACUUCACCCGCUGCCCCGGACACAAGGGCCAACGGAGGCUGCACUGCACCCUGGCCAGGUACCUGCUGGCCGGGGCGUGUUUCUUUGUCACGGGGCUCCUGAUUGGCCGUUUCACUCGUUCCCCGGAGAGUGGUCCAUUGGCCCUCCCUGAGGAUAGCAAAGACCUGCUGGAGGAUCUCCUUAAAGGGAUCACAGCUGACAAGAUUAAGACCCUGCAGAGUCCGCUGUGGCAUGUGAACGUGUGA